GGGAUAGAGGGAUGAGAUGGAGGUGUAGAGUCAGUGAUGAGACAGCAGGACAAAUCUCACUUCUGAUCAAUGAUUUUUUUGAGUCACGGAGGAACCUUCUUAGGAACAUCUGGACUGAGUGAACACAUCUACCACAUCUUUCAUUAAGUCUGGAGCAGAGUCACUGCUAAAGUCUAGAACAGUCUAGUAAUGCCUCAGGAGCAUUAAUGCUGAGUAUAGAACUUUCUUCUGACGUCCUGGAACAUUUAGAACACGUCUGAUGAACUGACUGAAUCUGCAUCUCAACAGAACCAGGUCUUGAAACUUCUCUGUGCUGUUCAGAGCUCCGUGGCUAAAGAUAAAACAUCGUUCUGAUUUGGUCAUUUGACUUUUGGAGCGUGCAAGCGUCCACGCUGAGUUCAGAAUUUUUCUCGGUGCAGCUGGAGAACUGUAACUGAAUCUAGAAGGUUUUCUGUUUAGCUGAAGUGUGGAAGCUUUUCUCAGCUCGGUGGUGAAGAUGUUCCCCAUGAAGCAGCCGUGGCUGUGUAAAGUUUUAGGUUGCUAUGACAGCUGUGUGCGUUGCCUUGGCGCCGUGCCGUACGUCACUCUGAGCGCCACGCUGCUGUGUUACGCCGGAGUCGCUCUGUUCUGCGCCGGAGCACACGAGGCCCUCACACACACACACACACUCGUCCAAACACACUUCGCCCGUGCGCAGCAAGACUUUGAGGUGCUCGCUGACUUUAUUAAAUAUUUUCAGUAUGUGAUUUAUGGCCUGGCCUCCUUCUUCUUCCUGUAUGGGAUUUUGUUGCUUGCUGAGGGAUUUUACACCACCAGCGCCGUCAAGCAAACAUUUGGAGAAUUUCGUAGUACAAAGUUCAGCCGCUGCCUCAGCCUCACCUUCCUAAUUGUGACCUACCUGUUGGCGGUGAUUUGGUUCGUCAUCUUCGCCUUCUCUCUGAUUCCUGUCUACUUCCUGUUUAACAUGGGACAGACCUGCCACACCGUCCACAUCCUGUCCGAAACCACCACCAGCCUAAACCAGCACGCCUGGGUGUGCGUGGACCCACGCCAGUUCGGUCUGCUACCCUGGAAGGCUACACCAGGUAAAGUGUGUGGCAUGACCAUGGCCAACAUCUGCAAAGAACCUGAGUUCUACAUGACCUUUGACCUUUACAUCACUGCCUUUGCUGGAGCAGGAGCCACACUGCUCGGCCUGAUUCUCUAUAUCAUAGCUGCCACCUAUAACUAUGCAGUUCUGAGGUUUCUGGGCAGUAAGGGGAUCCGUUGCUAGGUGCAGCAUCUGUAGAUGUGCUGUUGCUAGGCGCAGCGUUGCCAGGCAACACAUCUCCUCUCUGGUGCAUGCCGCUGCACUUGCUGUUGCAUUGUUACGGCGACUGUGUCCAUUGGGGAUUCACUAAAGAGGACCAUGAAGUGUAAACAAAUAAACCAACAAAGAGUGUAAACAGCAGUGAGAUUAACACUAAGUGCAGACUAAACAUUCAACUGUUAACCAAUCAACACACCACAGGGGGCGCUGCUCUCUCUCUCUCUCACACACACACACACACACACACACACACACACACACACACACACACACGCCAUUCCCCUUUAACAGAGAUUUUAAAAGUGUUGAUUUUAAAUAAUUACCUUUAAAGAAUGUGAUUGUACAUGUGUGAGAGUGUGAGAAAGCUUGAGAGUGUGUGUAUAUGUGUUGUGUGUGUUUGUGUGUAAUGUUCUCCAAUGGUGCUAAAUCACUGUAUUAAUAGAAAUAAAGGUGUAAUAGUAAUACACUGUACAUUUUGUUAAUGACACUGUGUGGGUUUGUGUUAAUCAGCUACACAACUGUGUGUGUUAUGCUGUUAACUGUCUCACAUUACGCAAUAAACACACGUUUAAUCCAAACAA